GCGGCAACUCUGCCAACCACUAUACGCUGCCUUGAAGAAAACAACGGGGUGGACCCUCGCAUCAGCAAAUUUGUUUUGCCGCUUGGCGCCACAGUGAAUAUGGACGGUGCAGCUUUGUAUGAAGCCAUUGCAGCCAUUUUUAUUGCGCAGCUCAACGGAUAUGACCUGUCUGGAGGAAAAAUUAUCGCCAUUUGGUGAGUGUUAGUAAUUUAUUAGCCAGAAGCUGCUCAAAUACAGGCUUCGCAUGUCUGAUUUUUUUCGUCCAGUGUUUAAAAUCUUCCUCUAUCUGCAUAUAGAACAAGGAUGAAGAUUAUUUAACCCUCAUGGUCUCUUCUUAAAAGAGUUCCUACGGGGAUGACAAAGACCACGACACCGCUCAGCCAAAAAGCUGUCUAGUCACGUUGGCGGUAUAAAGCCGUGUCGUCGUGUGCAAGACGUAACCAGAAAAACCAGUGGCUUUUUAUCGCUUUGCCCACCGAAUCUUGUUACAGCGUACUAGUUAGCCUGUGAAUACCGCCGAUUCUCAUUGCUCUCCGUCUCUGAAACAUUCCUCGUGACAAGUAGAGACGACAGGCGGUCGUAUUCCUGGCUAUCUUAUCUAGUAAUUCAUAACAUCAAAUCCUGCGAAUACAGCGGCUUUCUUAUUGCUCUCUCCGCCGCUGGAGACUUUUCGAAAGCUGAGAGACGUUGGCGUGUUAGCCUGAAAUACACUGUAGUGUCAUACCGAUGACGUAAGUCGUUCCAAGCGGCGUGGAGCGGUUAGAGGCGGCUAUAUUCUGUCAAGGUAGUCAACUGACGAAAAGGUCUUGCAAUAGCAAGUAAAUAAUAUUCACAAUACAAUGUUGCUGUUUUUACUGUUCAGCAUUACAGCAACUGCUAUUGCCAUUGGUGCCGCUGGCAUUCCAUCUGCAGGCUCUGUAACCACCAUUAUUGUUCUUCAAGCUGUCAACCUACCAUUGGAUGAUAUUGGUCUUAUCAUGGCUGUCGAUUGGUUCCUGUAA